AUGUCAUCUCGUCAAACAGAAGAUGAACACAAAUUACUUCUGGACAAACUACUCUCAGACUCUGGACUGGAGUGCGUGCGAUCAGCGCCAGAAACAUUGGUAUCGUCCUCAGAAUCUGGGGAAGUUGAAGAAGAGGAGGAAGAAGAAGUUAGAGAAGAAUUUAUUGAAGAAGAAACAACAGAAUUAUCGGUUGAAGAAGUCCAAGAAGAGCAAGCAGCUAUAUUUCCCACGCCGUCGUUAAGGAAAAUCCUUCCCGAAAGGGUACGAGAAAUAGAGGGUUAUAACAGAAUUCACGUUCUACCGAAUGAGUUCAAAACUGAUUUCGAUCCAGCUGCUAUACCUAAAAUAGACAUGACGACGCAGCAAAAAUGUAUCGAUAUAUUGGGAGCGAUCACAGGCUGUACGCACUAUAAAAAAAGUUUAGCUGAAUUUUGGUUUUUGGAUACAUUGGCCAAUUUACUGAGACGUGCUCAGGAAGCCGAAAUGGAUAGAUCUUCGCAAGCAGUCUUAAUACUUUGGUUUUGCGAGUGGAUGAAAGAGAUACAAAACUUCGACGCAGCUGAUCGUCAACGAACGUUGAGACGGUUUCGGGAGAACAUGCUAUCAGCGGCGAGAUUCAUAGCACAAGAAGAACGUCUACCAACGCCGCAAGAGGCUGGUGUAUUCUAUAAAGCGGACGCAGAUGGGAGAACUACCGCCCAAGCAUCACCGGAGGCAAAGCAGUCGGUCACGUUCCAGGGAGCUGCAUAUGAGUGUUCUUUGAGAGAUCUCACGAACAUAAUACAUUACAUAUAUGACUUAUUCAGCACAGACUACCAAUACGGUCUCGUCCGUUCUGUGUUCACAUUCACACCGGAAUAUAAUAUACUGGACGCCCCGUUCCAAAUACAAAAUCCAAAAAAACUCUUUGCCCCACUCAAGCCUAGACCGAAGAAAGAAAAAUCUCCGAAAAAGGAGAAACCACCAGCGAAAGGAAAGAAAAAGGAUGUCGACACGGAGGAAUAUUUGGCUCUACUAGAGCUCAAAGCUAAAGACGAACGCGAAGUCGAAGAGCUGGAAGACAAGGACCGUGAAGAUUGGAAUCGUCGCUCGCACAUUCUACCGCUUGCUUUUGCGGCAGACGACGAGUUCUUCGACAAAUAUUGGCCACCACCACCGCCGGAACCGCAACCAGAACCAGAACCCGAGGUGAAGGGAAAGGGGAAAGGAAAGGGGAAAAAGUAA